UAGCAAAAGUGAUUACAUGAUCAACUUUAGAAUAAAACCCCUAAGUGUUGAAAACCCAUUAAGGACCCAUAACCCACAGUGAAGUAGAAGCCCUACCCUUAGCAAUCGUAAUUAGGAGAAGCCCAAGGUUGAGAACCGAACGGACGAGAUCAGGAAACCCUCGUCUUAGACGAGAACCAUCGAAAGCUGAACUGAGAAGAGGAUCACGGGAAAAGAGAGAACCAGUACUGCAUCAGAUCACUGGCAAGGCUGUUGUUAUCUGGCCUCAUGGCGGAGAUUCUAUUUUUAAUAAUGGUGGAAGUUUUUGCAACAAUCUGAUCAGGGGAGCGAUGGAUACCGCGAUGAAGCCUUUCAUUCCUCUCCCACCACAGAUUGUAGAUCACUGCUUGCCAAGUAAGGAUGGAAUCCGUUUGGAGAUUCCAAGCUAGGAGACGGUCUCUCGUUCAACUGCAUCAGUCACGCCUGAGAUUUGUGUUUGGGUAUGCCAGAUUAGAGGGUACCAGGGGACAGAAGGAAGAGGCUCCAGGAGAGAAUGAUAAAUGAGAGAGCUUGAGAAUGUUUGUUGUGAUCUGCCGUUGAUCAUCCACUGGGGAAAGCUUGGUGAGUCAUAUAAGUUGAUCGUUGUCAGAUGAGUCAAGAGUUCCUCCUUUCGAUUAGACCGAGAUGAUUGUAGCGCCCAUGUACCAUUCCUCCAGAGCUCAGAGACUGUAGAAGAAAUGGGGAUUCCUGUUUGCCUUGGUCCCAAAGGACCUAUGAAGUUGAUGAGUUGGCCAUACUUCGUCCAAGGAUCAUACCAGAAGUUAAGAUCAUCGCCAUUUCCUGGAUCAAUCAAGGUCCAUUGGAUCGCUAUUUGUCUGACAGCAAGGAUCUGCUUGAACAACCAUCAGCCAGAGGAGUUUGAUAGUACAAGUUGUGUUCCAGAGCUCGAGAUUCCUAAGGCCGAAACCUCCACCACGCUUCGGUUGAGUAACCUUGUCCCAUGCGACUCUAGCAACAUAUUUACCCUCAAGUGUACCUUUCCACAUAAAAGCGUUACACAUUUUAUCAAUAGCGUGGAUGACUUCUUUAGGAGAGGCUCACAGUUGGCAGUCGAUAACUUUCUUGAGUUAAGUGGGAGGCCAAGAUAUCGAAUGGGGAGGGAACCGACGGGGAUACCAGUAGUGGAGACAAUGGAGGUUGUUUCUUCUUCAGAUAAUCCACUUGGGAAGAAACAUGCUUUUUCUACGCUGAUGGCUAGCCCGGAGAAAGCUUUAAAUUCAUCAAGGACUUGGAGAACUCCCUGGACUGAGUUAGAAGAGCCAUCAGUGAAUAUGAGGAUAUCAUCCGCGAAGCAUAAGUGGGUAAGACAUGAAUCUUGGCAGUUGGGGGUGAUAACCAAACCGGCCUGCUUGAGCUGCUUGGUCCAAUCUUUGGGAAAGAAUAUUCAUUACUAUUCCAAACAGGUACGGGGAGAGAGGGUCGCCCUGGCGCAGUCCUCUGGUGCCAUUGAAAAAUCCAUGGAGCCUCCCAUUGAUGUCAACAGAGAAGGAAGGUGUAGAAUAACAGGUUGAGAGCCACCGAAUAUACAAGUUUGGCAGGUUGAGCGCUUGGAGACAGGCUGUUAGGAAGUCCCAUCUUACCGAGUCGAAGGCCUUGGCUAUGUCAAUUUUUAAGGUCAGCUUCUUCUGUCCUCUAUUAUUGUGAUACCCUGACACUAUCUCUGCCGCAAGUAAGCAGUUUUCCAUUAGCAAACGACCUCUGAUGAAGGCUGUCUGGUUAGGAAGGAUAAUAGAAGGGAGCAAGGGCUUUAGGCGGCCUACCAAGAGCUUAGAAAUGACCUUGUAGAGGGUAAUUCAGCAUAAAUCAAUUACAAUACAAUUGUUUCCACACACCACUAACAUAAUAUAUUCUAUGAUUACCAUGGACAGAGCAAGGACAAUACAUUUACAUGUUUGCAAAGUGUUUUCCUGAUUUGAGGCAAUCGCCAUGAAUUGCUUAAGAUUUUCUAAAGACUUUUCUAUAACAUAAUAUGUCCUUGUAAAUAUGACGAUUUUUGUAGAAAAAUCACUGGUUAAGAAAUAUUUUUACAACAGUUACAAUUCUGUCAAUAAUUUUAAAGUUGAAAAAGUAAUAAAAAUUCCAUCCGACAUUUCCAAAUAAAUAAUCCGACAAGAUGUUUUGUGAUAGAAAUUCCGACAACAUGUGUUCUUAUGAAAUUUAUAAAAAUUUUGGACGAUUUUUUUUUUUUUUUUGAAAAUUUUGUCAUAAUUUGAUUUUGUUUUUGUAGUCUUUGAUUCAAACCCAUACAAUAACUUGAUUUCAUUUCGGGAGAGGUUUGAUUUUUUUUUUGUUUUCUGGAUUU